AUGGAGGCUCCCGAGAGGCGGUCUUCCCGCAGCAACAUCAGGAAUACUCAUAAUAACAACAACAACAGCAGCAACAGCAACGAUAAUAAUCACAAUGAGAUAUCACAAAGACGCCAGUCGUUGCCCGCUGCUGGGGGUGGGAGAAAGCAGUCGUCCCGGGGGCACAUCGCUCCAGCGUCGCCCGAGGUCAUCUCGUCCCUCAUCUCGUCGCUGUCGACCAUAUCAACCCCGGCUCGCACACAUUUCGAGAGCCUGCCUCGGGUAGGCGGAUCGCAGACGGCUCCUCCUUCGCCCAAGACGCCGCGGGAUGGCCACUUCGACAGCUCGGAUAUGGAUUAUGGAUCGUUCAAGGCGGCGGCUGCGGCUGCGGCUGCAGCUGCAGAGAGCGAGGCGCCUUUCCUGCACCCUUAUGAUGCUGCCCUGUCGCCUGUCAUCAGAAUGUCAAAGCUGCCCUCGUCGGCACGCUCUCCUCGCUCAUCGGUGUCGUACCAUUCUUGCCGGAACGCGGAUGACACUGCCUCCCUGCGGCCUCCCUCUCGCGGCUCACAUUGCUCUGCAGCUACCGGCUACGAAGAUUCGGGUAGCUUUGGUGUGGUUCGCCUUGAGCCUGGAUCACGCAAAUCGACCGCCAGCCUAGUCUCCUCGGGCAGCCGGAGGAGCUUGAAGAGCCAGCUUGGCCUGUUCCGCCGCUCGUCGCGAGAUUCCACCCGAGCCAAGGAACAGUCCGUGGAUCGUCUCGGUGUAGAAGAUGGACCGGGCCCGUCAGUCGUCAACUCCCAGCAUAGUCGUUCUGGCUUGCGGCCCGUCCGUUCCAUGGCCGACCUUGCAGAGGAAGCAAACGGAUCUGCCACCGAGUCCGCCAGUCAGAAGAAUACCAGGCCUGGAGACUUCCAGGACUCAAGGCGAGAAUCGGCUCCAAACCUGAAGCAGGCCCACCACAUGCAUGAACUGCCAGCCUGCCUUACUCCUGGCGGCAUUGGAAGUGGUCGAAGCAUUCCUACUCGAGAGUCUUCAUUGCGACACAACUACAAUGGCUCCUCGUCGAAGAAGCGCCGCUCCGGCAGACACAGUGGAUAUUCAGGCAAGGAUGUGACGGUUGACAAGAAGAUCACAGAAGUCAAUGCAGAGGCAGACCAGGUAACCCAGCGCAUCAAGGAGAUCAAGGAUCACCAGAAAAAGAUCAAGGAUCGGAUGGUUUUCGACGACAGGUUGCCUCCUCCACCCCCGGACAGCACAAAGCCCAACAACACCCGACCGUCCACCGCCUCCGCCUCCGCCCCAGGUUCCAAACAGCCGAUGCAGCUCGCUAAAGUAGACGAACUCUUUCUUGACUUCAGCGAUAGCGCGCCUUCGCCCACCGUCAGCACCCGUAGAGUUCCCUCCGUGAGCAAACGGGGUGCGCCCCUUGCACCAAAGACCGGAAACCUGCCGAUAGCCUCUCCUACUGGCCACCAGCGCUCAAGAAAUGACGACGGCCUGAACAAGCACGCAAAGGGGUCUGAUAUGAAGAGCCACAGGAGGACACACUCUGACUCCCCUUCCACCGCGCCACGGGCCUCGUCGGAUGCAAAUGCGAGGCCAAGUAGCCCCGACGUGAUAGAGGAGGCGGUGGAGGCAUACAUCACCUCACCCAAGCUCACGCAGAAGGUACCUCACCCGCAGACAGGACGUAUCAUCGCCUUUUCCGAGGUUGGAGAUCCCGAUGGCCAUGUUGUCUUUUGCUGCGUAGGGAUGGGCUUGACCAGAUAUCUUACGGCCUUUUAUGAUGAACUCGCUCGUACCUUGAAACUGCGGCUCAUUACCCCUGACAGGCCUGGGGUUGGAGAGAGCGAGCCCUGUCUGGACGGUACGGGGACUCCUCUGAACUGGCCAGAUGACCUUGCGGUGAUAUGCAAACACCUCAAAAUCUCCAAGUUCUCCAUGCUUGCACACUCCGCUGGAGCCAUAUACGCUCUGGCUACUGCCCUGCGGAUGCCUCAACAUAUUCGAGGCCGCAUCCAUCUUCUCGCUCCCUGGAUACCUCCCUCCCAGAUGACCGGCAUGGGGUCGCAUAAAGACCCAUUACCGGCUACUGCACUCCCUUACUCCCAACGGCUUCUGCGUGCACUGCCUACCCCCAUUCUCAAAGUCGCCAACUCUAGAUUCAUGACCGCAACCAGUGCGAGUAUCACUAGCAGUCUACCCAAAAGCUCACGCAAACCAAAACGCCGAAGCACCGUUGGCCGCGAAGCAACGCCCGUACCACCUGAGCUCGGAGGAACAAGCACUGCCAACGGCCAGGGCAAGGUUCCUGCCUCUACACCACGAAAACAACACCCUCCUCUCCCGACGCAAGAAGGGGCCGGCGCAGUAAAAUCUAGCGCAUCCAGCAUCGUUGGGGGAACUACCUCCGACAACGCCUCCAUAUCCGAACAAGAACGACGCACAGAGUACGAUAACCGUCUGACACAUGCAAUCUGGGAACUUGCAACCACCUCCGCCAACCCAGCCGUUGACCUGCUCAUCUGUCUCGAACGCAGACGGGCCAUUGGAUUCCGAUACGUCGACAUCAACCGUGCGGUCGUCAUACACCACGGUUCCCGAGACACGAGAGUCCCUGUCGACAAUGUCCGAUGGCUAGGCAAGACGAUGCGCCGAUGUGAAGUCAGGGUCCUUGAGGGCGAGGGACACGGACUUAUGGCGUCUGCCACGGUGAUGGGCAAUGUCUUGAUGGAGGUUGCGAAGGAGUGGGAGGAUUGGACAAUUGUUGUUCAGGGCCAAACGGGACGGGACCAAGCCUGCUGCGCAGUAGUUCCCGAUAUCACUCCUACCAUACACCAUGCACCAUGCACCAUACGCCUACCCAAUACCCAAUACCCACCAGAAUCCACCAGAAAGAACACGGCUACCUCUAUCAGCAUACUCGAAUCAUCCGAUACCCAACCUGUACUGUACAUGUUUUAA